AUGGUUGGUCUGGACUUUGUUGCUGGAUUUCUCAAGCGCCACUCUAAGUUGUCCCUUCGAAGACCGAAAUCUGUGUCUGUGAAUCGGGUUUUCGGUUUGAACAAAACAUCUGUCAAUUUAUACUUUGAUAACCUGAAAAUUCUAUUAAACAAACAUAACUUUAAACCACAUGAAAUAUUCAAUUGCGAUGAAAGUGGUUUGGCAUGUGUCCACAAACCAGUGAAAGUCAUUGCACCAAAAGAAAAACGACGUGUCUCGUCAGUGACAAGUGGCGAACGCGGUCAAUAUAUACGUGUACAGACUUGUGGAAGUGUAUGAUGAGGAUAAACACAAGACCGAGAUCGUGGCUCAACUUAUCCAACGUUCCCAUCGUAGCUACGCCAACACCAUGUACCUGAACCUUUAUGGAAGCCAGUGAAGCCACUUCACCUACAUCAAGAAUCUAAAAGUGUACUCGAAAUCGUACUGUUGUUGUAAAUAUGACAAAAUGUGGAAAACGGUCAAAGCCUUGAACAAACACGAGCGAACAUGCGAAGCCGCGGUACGUCACGUUUUCCCUAGUGGUGCCUACAAAAUUCCACAAACCAUCUUCGAUCUGCCCGAAGACGAAGGUAUCGACAUUCCUGAAGACCUGAAGUACUUCCCUUACCGUGCCACAUCUGAUUUUGAAUGUUAUUUCAAACAUGAAUCCCACCAUCCAAGAAACACUGAAAAACUAACUUGGGAAGCGGAACAUAUCCCACUCUGUUUGCUCCAACAUCCCUGGCUACGAUGA